CAUAAGAGCUGGAGUACACCCUGCACCUUCCCCCUCCUCACACUGUCUAAAGUCUACAUACAACAGUGUCACCAGCUGCCACCAUGCCUGUAGACUUCAAUGGGAAAUGGAUACUGGAAACCAAUAACAAAUUUGAGGAAUAUUUGAAAGCACUGAAUAUUGACUUUGCAACACGGAAAAUAGCAAUCUCCCUUUCUCAGACCAAAGUGAUUGUCCAAGAUGGAGAGAAAUUCAACUUUAAAACACUGAGCACCUUCAGGAACUAUGAGCUCUCCUUCACUGUAGGAGAGGAGUUUGAUGAGCACACCAAAGGACUAGACAGCAGAAACAUCAAGUGUCUGGUGAUCUGGGAGGGGGACAAACUGGUGUGCACCCAGAAAGGAGAGAAGGCCAACCGUACCUGGAAGCACUGGAUUGAAGGGGACAAACUCUAUCUGGAGCUGACAUGUGAAGAUGUGGUUUGUCUUCAGGUGUUCAAAAAACAAGAAUAAUAUGUUCAUGUUUUCCUAAUGUUAUGAACAUAAUUAAUAAAUGUGCUUUUCUGAGAAUAUAA